UCCUCUGAACAUGUUUCCCACUUUUUUCAAUCAGAAUUGUUGCCGCAUUGCAUUAUGGGAAGGCCUAGUAGCCACGUCUCUUGUGCGGCAAAUCAAGAUGUCGGAACGAAAAGUGUUGAACAAAUACUACCCACCAGAUUUUGAUGCAUCUAAAAUCCCUAAGCUUGGACUUUCCAGGGAUCGUCAAUAUGUGGUGCGACUUAUGGCCCCUUUUAACAUGAGGUGUACAACAUGUGGUGAGUACAUUUACAAGGGCAAGAAAUUUAAUGCCAGAAAGGAAACAGUGCAGGGAGAAACCUACCUUGGGCUUUUGAUAUUCCGAUUCUACAUUAGAUGCCCAAGAUGCAUAUCGGAGAUAACAUUCAAGACUGACCCUGAAAGCACAGACUAUGUUUGUGAGAAUGGAGCUACAAGAAACUUUCAGGCUCAGAAACUUAUGGAAGAUGAAGAGAACAGAAAACAAAAGGAAGAAGAAGAGGAAGAGCAAAACAAUCCCAUGAAGGCUCUUGAGAAGAGGACGAAAGAAUCCAAACAGGAGAUGGACAUUUUAGAAAAGUUAGAAGAGUUGAGAGAUCUGAACACAAGGCUUGCUAAUGUUGAUUAUGACUCUUUAUUGGAGUUAAAUGCAAAGGCUGCUGAGCAAAUGCGAGCUAAAGAAGAAGAAGAAGAUGAACAGUUAGUACAGUCUAUAUUUGGGGCCCAGAAGAUCCAAAGAAGAUUAAGUGAUGACAGUGAAGAUGAUGAACUUGAAGAAAACAGAUCAAAAAUCAAAAGUGAAUUACCAGGAGAAAGAAAACCAACAAGAAGAAAAGCUACAGACAUUUUGGCAGAGGAUACCUCCGACACACCACAACCAGCUCAGAAGAAACAGAAGACAUCUGGUAAUGUUAGCAUUGGAAAGCUGCAGAAUAAAUCUCAACUGGCAUCUUUAGUAAAAGUGAAUAAAGACAAAACUAAUGGACAAAAAGCUGCUGUAAAAGCAGCUAUUAAAUCAGAAACUGUCACACCUGCACAGGACAACAUGUUACAAGAUUCACAGAAAGACCUUGGGAAAGUGGAUCAGGACAUCAAAGCUGGAACAAGUGCACUUGGUUCACUUGGAAUGUUAGGAGAUUACAGUAGCAGUGAAGAUUCAGAUCAAUAGACUUACUUGUGGCCAAAAUAUUAAUGUUAUAUUAUUAUUUUUGUAAUUAUGUACAUAAAUUGCACACUUCAUUAUAUAUGGAUGCGAAUGGGAUAAGCUUCAGUAAAACCAUGAUACAUGAAGGUUUUCUUUUUUUUGGGCUCUCGGAGAUCCUACCUCAUUCGGGCCAGGGUCUCUCAGCUUUCCAUCCUACUGGUAGGGACUUCUGGUAGGGUGGGAAUAGGAGAGACACCGGCAAGGAGGUUUUUAGAGACUAAGUGAAGAGUGUGAACAAACAUAUUGUAAACUGAAUGACAGAUAUGUUAUUAGAUGUUUUGGUGUGUAGUAUCACUGUAUAUUUUUACGAGUUGUGCCAUAUUUUGACGAGCCCAUAAGGUGAGUCAAAAUACAAACGAGUAAAUAUAAAGCAAUAUUACACACUAAAACAUGUAAUAAGAGAUUUAUUAUCCAACUGCUGUAGUCAAUAAAGUUAUCAAUGAAAGAGGGAGAGUGUGACAGUUUUGCAUGCACGCACCGACCUGUAUGACAAACAGGUUUUCUAGUGAGCAAAUAACUGUACAAUAUCGCUGUAUGUAAUUUGGAUGGUAUUUAUUGCAGUUGGAUAAUAAAUUCCCAUAUUGGAGUAGGUACUCUAGACUCAAGAAUCUGUUGAUUUUGGUCCAGCUCAAGAAUGUAUUGAAUUCAGUUGAUAAUGUUCCAUGUUCUUUUUUUAUUAUCUGUAUUUCUUUUAAAUGGGUGAUUAUGGGUUUAUUCUUCUGUUACAUAAAGUUAUAAAAUAAUGUGGAUGUAGUAAACAUGAAAUAAAUUAAAGUCUGUAACAUUUUAAUAUCA